AUGAGUUAUCAACAAUCAGACAUGUAUCACGACAAUCCCUCCGCGCGCUCCCCUGGCUCCCAGCGGCAUCAGCAACCUCUCCAUCGUCAGCCUUCCCGCCAGUUCGACGCGUACGGCCCCAUGCCCGUCAACCUCUACGAGGACCAAAUGGCCCGCUACGACACCGCCCGGAUGGAGCGCUUGAAUCCUUCGUUGCAGAACAACUCGUACGGAUACGAUAUUUCGGGAUCGCAGACGUGGAAUCCGAACGGGUUUGCCAAUGCACAGACCCUGGGUGGCAUCCGGUCGUCUUCGGCCAGCCUGAAGCCUUCGGCCCGGGGACGGACCGGUCUGCCGACUACUUGGCUCGACCAGCAGCCCGGCAUGUCGCCUGCCUUCUCCAACCUGGGCCCUGGAACGAUUCAAAGCAGCGCCAUGCGCCCGGAACCGUCCGCCUCGUCAGAGGGUGAUGACGAACUGAUCCCGACCGCGAUUGUCAUCAAGAACAUCCCCUUUGCCGUCAAGAAGGAACAGCUGGUGCAGUUGAUGACGGAGCUGAACCUCCCCUUGCCCUACGCGUUCAACUACCAUUUCGACAACGGCGUGUUCCGCGGUCUGGCCUUCGCCAACUUCACCUCGGCAGAGGAGACCGCGACGGUAAUUGAGGUGCUGAAUCAUUUUGAGUUGCAGGGCCGGAAACUGCGGGUGGAGUACAAGAAGAUGCUGCCCCUCCAGGAGCGGGAACGGAUCGAGCGUGAGAAGCGAGAGCGCCGCGGUCAGCUCGAGGAGCAGCACCGCCCGAUGCCCUCGUCCCAGCUCCAGACGCAGAGUUCCAUGUCCUCGCUUACGUCGCACAUCCCCGCGACCUCACCAUCACCCGUGUCGCAACGCGGCCAAAAACUUGACGUGGAUUUGAACGACAGCGCCACUCUCUCCUACUACUCCCAGCUCCUUUUAUUCAAGGAAGACACCACUCGUGACUCCGUGCUCUUCCCGCCCAACCUUUCUCCCGUCCAGCGGCGCACGGUGCACACCCUGGCACACAACAUGGGGCUCGCCCAUGCCUCGCGCGGUAGCGGCGAACAGCGCCAAGUUCAGGUUUUCAAAGUCGCUCCUGGCACCAAUGUGAGUCCGCCCUUGUCAUCCAUCCCGCCAGCCCAGUCGGCCGACAAUGGUCGCCGCGGACUGAACCGGGCGGCCACGAUCGACUUCAGCGAGGCUCGUAAUGAGGGAGCACAUGGCUCCUUCAACACCCUCCGCGGCCAGAACUCCGGCUUUCUUGGUGUCUUGGACUCGCCUGGUAACUUUGCCAACACGCAGAACCUGCGAGCUGCCAAGUCCUUUGCGGAUCUGCGUUCCUACACUCCCUCGCCCGUUCCCUCCUCCGCCAGCUUCCCCGCUGCCCUGCAAUCCAACGGAGCGCGCCUACAGUACGAGGGCGCCCCCAGCGGCACCUCCAACACCCCGACCCUUACCUCUGCCCCGUCGGGCUCUUCUCUGGGCAUGCAGCGCGAUGACAACCUGUUGGUCAACAGCCUGGGCGGUCUCUCCCUGGGAACCGGGAUCGGUGGGCCGAACUCUAGCCCCCGGCGACUUAGGGGAAUGUUCUCUUGGGAACAGGAGAACCAGGCUACCAACGCCGGCGCCAUCGGCAGUAACCGCGGCAUGGGUAUGGGAUACGACGGUGCGCAGCAGGAGCGCAUGCCCAUUCGCCAACCCCGUGGACCGACUCCCGACAAAGGCACUGGUUUCCGCCGCCAGAAUGGCCACCAAUCCCGUGGCAGUGAUGAACUUCGGGCCAGCUCCGGAGUAGAGAUCAUUGUGGAGUAG